CAGCUCUACAUUGGAACAGCCAUCGUUGCCACCAAGGACGCUGUCGAGCCGGCCAUUGCUGGAGAUAUGAAGGACAAACGAGAUGCGGAAGCGGCUGCACGGCAGCUCGUCCGCGAUGGCAAGUUCAAGGAAGCCAAGGCACGGCUCGAGGCCAUCAAGAGCGCCAAGGACAAGGACGCAAAGGUCAACCACAACUUGGCUGUUCUCAACUUCUUGAUCAGUGGAAAGCAGAAGCAUGGGCAGCUGGAAGCCGAGCUGAGCCAGAUCAUCACCAAGUGUGCCGAGCAGUCAGAGUCCAUGCCAAAGGACCUGCUUGACCUGAUCCUCUUCCACUACAACCGCGCAGUUGCCCUCUAUCAGAUGGCCGACUUUUGGCGGUGCUGUGAGAGCGCCAAGGAGGUCUUUAAAAUCUGCAAGAACAAAGAGGUUGUGAAGCGGCGGCCCGACAUUGCGGUGAUGGGCUGCUUUCUUCUCAUCGAAGUCCUUCUCCUCCUCAACCGGGUGGACGACUGCGAUGCUGUGAUGCAAUUUCUCCAAGACUUUCCCACCCAAUGCUUUGAGGAGCCAGCGGAGCAGGGGUCGCCGUCACCAGCUGUCACGCACACGUUUCGCAUCAGACAGUUUGCAGCGCGGAUUGCGCUGGCUCGACGCAACUUCCGCACGACCAAGACGGAACUCAAGGCCGCCCUCAACCUCAAGAAGACGGACAUUGUAUCCAUGUUUCUGAAGAGCAGCCAGGAGUAUCUUCGCGGGUAUUAUUCCCGCAGCACCAAGCUCCUCACCAGCUGCGAAAAGCCCGAGCCGACUGACGGCGGGCAGCACCUUGGCGUCAUCUUCUUCAACAACAUGGGCGUCAUCCACCUCAGGCUGGAGCGGCCGAGCCUCGCCAUUGCGUAUCUGCGGCAGGCCGUCGACCUCAAUACCAAGCACUGUGGCAGAGCCAAGGGCACGCCGGCUGGGACGCCGCACAGCGUGUACGACCGCAACGAGGAGCUGCUCUACAACGUUGCUCUCGCCCACAUGCAGAUUGCAGACUACCAGCUCGCGUUCUCGUUACUGGACCAGCUUGCCCCGUCGUUUGGCCACAGCCCCACGUACUGGCUACGCAUGGCAGAGUGCUGUGUCGGCCAUUACGCAACGCAGCAGGCGGAGUCGUUUGGAGCACCGCCGCACGUGUACGGCCUACACAACACGGGCAUCCACCGCAGGGCUGUCCUGAAACGCGCGUUCAGGUGCGCGCGUUGGCUUGCUUGCAACGUGGUGCGGCCAUCAUAG